GCACGAAUCACCUGCACUUUCUCCAAGCUUCCAGACUUCAGAACCUGAGGCAUCAUCUUUUGCUGUCUACUUCCAGAAGACAUUAAGGUAUUAAAAUGAAGGCUCUCGUUUUGAUUGCUGUCAUCUUGACUUUCACUGCUUACUUCUUGUCUGGUGAAAGUUCCGAAGAGCAUUUUAAAGCAUUUAAACAAUUAAAGUCUAAGCUGUUGAGAGGAUUUGCUGCAAAAUUUGGACUAGGUCCUGGAAGACCAGGUGCUCACUUCGGUCAUCAUGAAGUCCCCGGAGGCCACCAACUCCAUCCCCACCCCCAUCAUCCCCAAUCCCCACAUGGACCAUCACCCAGACCUACAUCACCACCUGAGAACAUCGUCCAUCCUACUUCUCAAGCAUUAUCAGCUCCUUCUAGUGCUCCUCCAACCGUAAUUUACACCACUGCCGCUAAUGCUGCCACCACCGCUGCUAAUGCCGCAGCCACCACGGCCCCUGAUGCCGCAGCCACCACCGCCGCUGCUGCCGCAGCCACCACCGCCCCUGAUGCCGCAGCCACCACAGCCGCUGCUGCCGCAGCCACCACAGCCGCCGCUGCUGCCACCACCAUGGCUUCCCCUGCCUUGGCCCAAAACACUGCAGGUGCUGUACCCAGCACUACGGCUUCCAGUGCCCAACAACCUGAAAACAUCACCAGCGCCCCUGCGGCUGGCACCACCCCUGCCCCAACAGCCGACACCACUGCUGUCAACCUUCAGCAAGAGCAACAGUAAAUUCCACAACUGUCCAAAAUUACAGAUGUACCAAACCGCAAGAAGACAGAGGCAGACCAAGAUCCUGAAAAACUGAAUAUUGAUAUAUUAUGAUCACCUUCUCUCACCGUUUCAAUUUUAACAAAAAUACAGGAGAAGAUACAAAAAUAAAGGGAUGUGGGUUCUUAGUGCUUCUUCUUCAGUUUUGUUAUACUGUACAAACUUCCAAAGAUAACCUGAUUUAUGCAUUUGA